CGGGAAAAAGUCGGGGGAAGAAAGAAAGUGUACACGCGAAUUAGACGAAAAGAAGAAAAAACGCAGACGGAAAGAGAACGAGAAUUAAUGAAUGUGUAAGUUCAUGUGUGUAUGUGUGUGUGUGUGGCUUGGUGGAUGUGUGGUUGGAUGGAAGAGAAGAAUGAAAUAGAGAGAGAGAGAGAGAGAGAGAGAGAGAGAGAGAGAGAGAGAGAGAGAGAGCAUACGUAUGCAUAUGAGAGAAAGAAAGAAGAUAUAAAGAAAAAGAAUAUGUGAAAAAUUAUAAUAAUUCAUAAAUAAUGAUAUAGGGAAAAAGAUAGAAAAAUGAAAAGAUUUGGCAAAAUUCGAUAGUUUGAUUUUCUAUAAUACGUGAACGCGAUCGUUGAUCGAAAUAAAAGUUGGAAAAGUAUGUAAUAUAACAAAGAUCGAUCAAGAGUUUAAUUAAUCAUUAUCAAAUUAUAAAAUGGAAUGCAAAAUAUGUUUGCGAUCGAUAUUGUUUGAAAAAUAAACGUAUUGUCAAUCAUACGUGCAUUUUGCAACAAUGAGAAAUUAUUAUCUCGGAUAUUUUGUGAAAUUAUAUAGUUUUGGGUUUGAGGCAAAUGAAAGACUGAAAAAAAUGUUUGACGACUUCAUUCAAUUUUUUUAUGCGAUAUAUAUCGAAAUAUCGUUUUAUUUAUCUCAAUUAUGAAACAACGUAGAAUACAAUCCAUCAAGAUUCGUUACAUUGCGCAAUCGCAAUCGCAAUGCCAAUAUAUUUAAUGCUAAUAGAUUGCGUUAUAUUGUUAUAUAUGUUUCAUAUUAUAAAUAAAAACAAAAAUUACUAAUUAUUACUUUUUCGUUUGUUUCAAAAUGGGAUAAAUAAUUCAUUCAAUUUCUUAAUUUUCUUUAAGAAAAUUAUGAAAAGAUCUAUGUUGAGAAAAGAUUUACAAAAAAAGUAACAGCACGCUUGCAGUUUCAUUCAACUGAUAUAACAAGUACACAUACACACACAAACAUAUACGCGCAUGCACGCACACAUACACGCGCGCGCGCACACACACACACACGCACACACACACACACACACACACACACGUAUUUAAUCAAUCGAAAAACACAAUAUUUUCCUUUUUGGUUUUUCGUAAGCCGCGAUCGAACUUGAUGAUCGAUUCCCUAAAUAUAUAUGUAGAAUUUGCGAUGCAGAAUCAAAGUGCCUUAUCACGAUUUCUUCGUACCGUGAGAGCAACACGUGGUAUAUUGCACUCGCAUACUUGGACAGAGAGACGAGAGGAAUCAACGUUUUCCUCAAUUUCUACUUGAUUCGUUUAUCGUUUCAUAAUACAAUAUCAUCUUAUAUGUAUAAUAUAUAAUAUAUGCAUAUAAACGCAUGUUUUUCGCAAUAAAAAAUUAAUAUAAUAAAAUUAUAUUUCGGAUCUGUAACAGAUAACCGAUCGGGUUCACGUUUUUUUCCAACCAUUUCAUAAUAAAAUAGUUGUAUAUCAAUAUGUAAAAUGAAAAAAUGAAAAAUGUGUAAGACGAGAAAAAAGAAGAAGAGAAAAGAAUCGAUAGAUAGAUAGAAUAGGAGAGAAUAGAAGAAAAUGAAAGAAGAAAAAAAAGAACGAGAAGCAAUAGAGACAAAAACGACAGUAGCAUUAACAAUUGCAAUAAAAAAUUAGGAAUGUAAUGACGAAUAUUUUCGUAAGCAAAGAUGAGAGAAGAGAAAAAAAAUUGAAAACGUUACCGCCUAUCAAUUUCGUUACUCUUACUAUCGCGGUUUGUUGUUUUAAAUUUUUCGCGUAUCAUAUUAUAGAUGAAGAAAAAUGGUGGAAAAUCAUAAAAAGAGGAUCACGUUGAUUGAAAUUACCAUUAUGAUGCUCUCAUUAAUGUCCACAUUUUUGAAAAGUUAAUCGAUCGCUAAACGAUCGUUGUAAUGAUCGUCCGUUGUUUCCUUUUCAAUCAAAAAUCGAAUCAAAUCGAAUCACCGAACGUCCAUGUAUACGAUAUUCGUAUCGUCGCUUAAUCGCGCUUCGAUCGCGUUUAACAACGGUUCGAUCGGAAGAAACCCGUCCAAGUGCAAUACCUAUUUAUUACUCGUGAUUAAUCAGCAUCGUCUAUCUCCCCACCCCCCUCUAUCCUUCUUCGAUUUAAUACUUUUAAUUCGAUUUCAUUCGUUUAAUUCUUUGUCAUCGUCUUUAAAAUCGAUCGAUCGACAUAUAUAAAGUAUUUACAUACUUAUUUGCGCAAAAUCUACACCAUCGCAUCGAUAACGAACAAUAGGACAGAGAAAAUGGCUACGUUAUUCGAAUUUGCCGCGUCAACGUACUUUUUCGCACUUACUCGUUAAUUUUUAUUUUCUUUUUAUGCUGUUCAUUUAUACUCUUAUUUAUUUGCAAAAAUUCCAUCUCUCCCCCCAUCUCUCCCUCUCUUCUCCUUUCCUCUCCUCUCCUCUCCUCUCCUCUCUCUCUCUCUCUCUCUCUCUCUCUCUCUCUCUCUCUCUCUCUCCCUUUUCCUCUCCCUUUCUUCGUCUCCUUCUUCCUAUCUCUUUGUACAUUUGUCCAUCUGUCCGUCCGAUCGCUUGUGUCUGUUUGCACAUUUGCCUAUAUACUUGCAUGUCUUUCCAAAUCUCUCUCUGUUUCCCUUUUAGUGAUAAAUAAUAAACCAAUAUUAGAUUACAAUUCUAAACCGAUAAUUUCGCGUAUAAUAAUGAUCCGGUUUUGAAUAUCUAUGUUAUAUACAUAUAUAUAACUGGGAUAGCGAUCGAGAAUGAAAAAACGGAGGAGCGUGCAAAUCUCGUUCGUGCGAUCGCGAAUCGUUUCGUGACAGGCAUAUACAUAACGUACUUAAAUACUUUGUCUCAAAUUAAGAUCUCUGCUUCUAUUAUCUUGUACAUAAAUCUCGAAACAUUCGCGAUCAGCUUCCUUUGUAAUUAAUAUUGUAUUAAAUCUAAGUGAACGUAUUAGCUAUAACUAUUCCUACGAUGAACGUGAAUGCUUUAGCUAACGUUUGAAGCGUGUGUUAAUCGAUUUACGCGCAUUAUUAUUGUUAACGAUAUACAAUUGUAUUUACUUUUAUAAAAUAAUGUCGAAUAUUGUAAUUAAAAUUCUAUACCAAAAAUACCAUUCUGUAUCCACGAGAGACGAAUAAAUAAAACAAAUGAAAA